CUUAAAUGCUUGUUCAGUUUGCUUGGUGUCUAAGCUAUGGAAAGAGUAUGCAUUGUUGUGGUGUUUGUUAUCCUUGCAUGGUGUUUUAACAUACAAGGACAGGAGCAGCAAGGUAAGAGAGAUAUAUGUCACUUAUUUUUAUCAUUUAACGGGCGGUUUUCAACACUGUCUGACAAACUUUAGUCUGAAAUAAAACUCUUACUCUGAUAUACUGUUAAGGAAAUUCACCGUUCGUCAGUAUUACCAUUUAUCCUUGCUGCACAUGGGCUAAUGCUGAUUCGCCUUUUAAAAUUUUCUCAUCAACAUUGGAUUAAUCGUAUCUCUAAGGAUUGCAUCUCUUAAGUCGAAGCGAUAGGUUAACGCAUUUACCUGACGGGGGGCCGUUUAACUUAUAGUAUGGAUUGAGCGUCUGUGAAAACAUACUAGACAACUGACAUAAUUGUGCGCCACCCCAAUGCUCCCCCUUGUUGGGUUUUCAUAACUAAAACUUUAGAUGUAGUUGAUUCAAACUGUUUGUUUUGAAACGAAAUAUAGAUAGAUAGUUAGGGACUGUUUUCUAUAGAUUUUAAGAAACGUUAGUCUAAAUAUCAAGAUGUUUUUUACAGUUUCUGGGAAGAUUGAUUCGCUCUAUUUUACGUAAUAUUUGUGUUCAGGACAUAUAUGCUUACAUCAUCAUGUUAUAGAAAAGGUAGAAGAACAUUGAAGCUGCUCGCGUUUUUUUUUGUGUCUAACCAUUUUGGAAAACCUAACUGUGGCGAGAAUCAGUUUCAGUUAGGAAUUGGGGGAGUGCUAUUGUAAAAAGAAAUGUUCAGAAAAAAAAAAAAAAAGGUCUAAAUCUCCCAGAAUACGUUGCGUAUGUUCAAAUUUUCAUCAUUGUACCGCAUUUUCAACGUUUACCGUAACAUUUGACUUUUCUCAUAUAACUUAGGAAGCAUUGUGAAUACGGCCAAACAGGAAAAACUGAGAGGAAACUCGUCGGUUUUGAUCAUUACAUAAGGUUUUUAUUAUUAUUAUUAUUAUUAUUCAGUUCUUGGCUUUAGAAAAUCCAAGAAACAUGUCUUUUUGUUUGUUUGUUUGUUUGUUUGUUUUUUCACAUUAAAUAAUAUUAGCUUAGACAUCCAGCUCUAAGCGUGGCAUUUUUACCCAUUGUAAUUUUUAGGAAUAUGUCCGAAAAACUGGUUCAAGUUAAAUAACGAGUCAUGCUAUCAUAUCUUUAACUCGCCUCUUAACUGGGAAGCAGCAAAAUCUGCCUGUGAGGAACUAGGAUCCACUCUUGUCAUGGUAAAAUCACGAGCUGAACAAGAGGCACUCUCUCCUAGAAUCAUAUCGGAGCGCGUUUGGAUAGGAAUGCACAGAUACAACGGUACCUCACCUUGGUUUUGGGUUGACGGAACACAGGUUACAUACACCAACUGGGGAUCGGGAGAACCCAAUAACCUGGACAACGAGCUCUGUGUAAUGAUUUGGCCUCCGUCAUUCCCAUUUAAAUGGAAAUGGAAUAACCAGAGGUGUGCAGUUGCUUACCACUACGUGUGCGAAGUCUCCGGUAAGUAAAUCAAGACCCAGUAGUUGACGUUUUUGGGGUAGGCUAUACUUAAACGCUGAAGAUUAGAUCAUAAAAAGAUGUUGUAAAAUUAAACGAUUUCUGUGAAGUUCUGCGGUGUUUUCAUAUGGUGCGUAUUCUGAUUAGCAUAACAGUUGUCGAAUUUCAGACGAAAAAAAAAAAACGUUUCACACAUUAGAGACCUUAAGAUCGAAGCUUGGACAUAUAAUCUUACCGCAAAAGGCAAUCCGCGGUUUGCGGUUAGCGGUUUCACGAUAUCCUUCUGCCCAUAUAUAUUUAGGAAUUAAGAUUCGCGCGUGGUAGCUCGCGGCUGCCAUGUUUGUUUUUAUUCAUCCGUUCACUCUAUUUUAGCGGAGAAAGUUCAACAUUUAAUUAGCGAAAGAGUUCGAAAAAGGAUUAUUUUCUCUCGAACAUGAGAUUGUGAUGUUUUAGGGUGCGAAAAACCUUGUAGUAAAUCACUUACCUCUGGAGCGUGAUCUAGCCGUACAAACUAGAACCUCAAACCGCAAACCUGACGGCAAGGUACUAGCCACGUGAAUUCUUGACGUUUGUGGUUCGCGGGAAAUGCCGAAAAACCUCAAUCUUAAGGUCUCUAUUGUUUUCCCUUUCCCAUGAGUAUCACGAGACGGUUGUAGAAAAUCAAUAAUUGAGAUAGAUGGUGUGACGUACUACAGGAUUACAUAAUAACAAUUUCAAUUGAUACCCCUAGGCUGUCUGGAGACCCAUAUCGCUAAAAUCUCAAUAUUGAUGUCAGAAUCCUCGCUCAGAGUCAUUGUAUUGACAUCGUUAGUCUAUCCUUACUUUGAACUUAAUUUUGAACAAGAAAAAUAAUACGCACAUCUCUCUCAUGGGGGGGUCUAUUAGACAGAGGGCGUUUAUUCCAGAGGGCGUCUAAUACAAAUAUAACUUUGUAAAUGGAGCGUUUAUUAGAUCAUUAUUUCAGGUUUUUUUAGUUGAUAAAUCGUCCAAUCUUAUUUCUAAUAAUAUACUAAUCUAGCAUCACUAAGAACAGCACCUGCAUCCAGCAUUACCGAGUUAAGCUACUACCUGAGGAAACAGACGAAAAGUAAUACUAUUCGUCGUCUUGAACAACGAGCUGAAAUUUGAUAGAUCACACUCAUAAUUUCCAAUUUAAAUGGAAGUUAGUUUAAAGGACAGGUCGAUACAAACUAAAUAACUGAUAAAUCGCUUUCAUCUCUUACAGAGGAUUAAUGGCGAAACCUUAAUUUGCUUAUAGUCAAGCAUGCACCACAAUGACAACAACUUGAACCUCGACGUUGAAUGAUUCAAUUUAUUUUCCAGGAAUACAUGGCAUUAACUUGAAUGCAUCCAAGACGGUACUGAAAGUGGGAAGCGCUAUUGAAAUAAGCUGUACCGUGAUUGGUGGGCUAAUCAACCCAUAUAUCACUUGGUUUAAAGGGAGUGAAAUGAUAGUGUUAAGCCAUCGCAGAAAUAUUACGACCGAUGAACGCCAAUCUCGUUUGACCAUAACGAAUGCAACUGCAAAAGAUGAAGGGGUAUACCAUUGUUAUACAAGGUAAACCUCUUGACUAAACAGCUAUUGUGUGGUUGGCCAUUUAAGCAUUAGUUUUUAUUAUUAUUAUCAAUGAGCACUAUGCAACACGCAUUUUGACCUAGGGCCAACUGAUGGACAAUGAACUUCUUUAAGCUCCUUAAAUAUGUCAACAAGAUUUGGUUCUCUCGAAGCCAAAACUCGAAGAUAAUUUGAAGCCCUUAACUCCCGAUCCGUUCCCCGGGAAAUGGAUGAAAUUCGGGCAAGUCAGGCUAGAAAAAGUUGUUCCGUUGACCUCAAAUUUGAAAGAGUUUUGCCUUUAAGAAUCUAAACAAUUAAGAGCUCGAUUUUUUUUUCCCUCAGAAAACGUUUUUGUUGAUAGGCACGCGUAUCUGAAAUUCUACUGAACCUUUAAAAAAGUUUCUUUUCUUCUGAAAUUUAUGUAAUUUUCAGCCGUAAACUAAAUUGCCUGGGAAGAACAGUUUAAAUUUGCGAAAAAAAAAAUAACAAAAACAAAGAGCAAAACAAAACAAAAAGGGUGAUCCGGACACUGGUAUUUAAAAAGUGUUGAAACCAGUGCAAUAAGGAAAAUUUAUUAGUCGGGUCACUUCUGAGCCCAAAGCAUGGCCUAAACUUCUGAAUAACAUAAUAAAGCAAGCAAUUAGUUUGGACGUGCAUGUAGAGGCCGAACACAGCAGACAUUUCAUUUUUAUUUGUUUGUGUAGUUAUAGUUUGUGUCACUUUCAGGUAUAAUGGUGACUAUUUCCCAAAUUGAAAAAAAAAAAAAAUUGCAUGUUAUCCACUCAUGCUAUGGAUUUCCGAAACGAUUUAAACCAUUUACAAGAAUUCUUAGUAGAUAUAGGUUACUUUCCAUCUAACAUCGGUGAAGGUAAUAAUGGUUUUCUAUCUUUACUUUUAGCACAGGGCAACAAAACAUCAGUGACUCAGUUACUAUUUGGGUAGACCCGCCAGUGCUCCUUAUAAAACCGCGAGUCAUGACCAAACGAGUCGGUAAGUUCUUAUUCUCGCUGUAGCAAGAGCUUAACCAGAUUACUGUGGAGGGGUUUUUAGUUACUUAAUGACAGAGGAGAAAAUCGCAAAUGUUUCCUUCCCCGUCUUGCUUUCGAGAAUAUUAAUUAGUCGGUAAGUUCUUAUUCUCGCUGUAGCAAGAGCUUAACCAGAUUACUGUGGAGGGGUUUUUAGUUACUUAAUGACAGAAGAGAAAAUCGCAAAUGUUUCCUUCCCCGUCUUGCUUUCGAGAAUAUUAAUAUUAAAGCAAUGACAUUAAAAUAAGGGCGAUCAAGGCUAUUGUUGCGGCACAAUUUGUUUACGUUAUUAUUGAUCACUUGAAUCAAUGACGUCAUAUGACAUGGGACCAUAAUUAUGCCAGGCAAGUGCCAAAGUUUAGCAAGCAAGAGAUAAAAUGAUUUCAUUUAAUCUAAUAUAAUUUUAAAAGUCAUUCUCGUUUUGAUUUAACAAAGAAUUUAAUUAAAUAGAUUAAACUAAAAUAAAUUAACAAAUCUGGUUGCUAUUAAAUAUCCAAUGUCAUUAUAAAAGUUUGUAAGCACAUAAUGUUUGGAGACAAGUUAUGAAAAAUCCAAAAGCCAUUUGGUUUAGUUAGGUCUGUUUUAUCUUGCUCAAUAUGCGUUAUUAAUGUCGAUGUUAGAUCAAAGAAGUCAAGUCGUUAAUGGCUGCAGGUUACUCCAGAGUCAUGUCGAGGGCUAGGGAUUCUUACAAGUUCUUUGUUCUAUUUUACCUUGUUUUUUUUGUAGGGGAACAAGCUAUUUUUAUCUGUAAUGUGAGCAGUGGAUCCAGCACUGUAACUAACGUGUCUUUAGUAGAAGUCACAGAAGUUAACAGCAAGUCAUCCAAGUUGGACAAACACCAACAAAAAUUCGUUGAUAGUAUUUUGUCAUCCUACCAUCAAGUGAGCUUCUCGAUAAUUAACCUACAAAUUCCCGAAGGAAGGAAGAUUCAAGUAAGGCAAUUCAUCUGUGAGGUGAAAUAUCGAGACCACACAGUCAGAAGCGAAUUAGCAGAUCUAAUCAUUUUGCCGCCUUCACCUGAACAGCUUGACCCAAGUACAGUUUGUUUAUUUAGUUAUUUAUCUAUCUGUUUAUUUAUUUAUUUACUUAUUUAUUUUUGUGAACUUAUCUUUAACUAGAACUUCUUCUCUUUCAAACCUUUUCGUUAGUUCUUUAGACAAAUUUUGGAAACAUUUGAUGACUUAAAUGUAAUACUAUAGUUACGAUAUGGAAAAAAUGUGCUACCAAAAGGCAUUUUUUGUCAGUUUCUUGCACUUUCUUUAUGAUACGGCCACCAAAAUUACACAGAAUAAUGUACCAAUAUUUCCAAAAUCAAGGUAUGAUUUUAUUGACACAAUGAGGUAAUGUGAGGCUAUUAUGCCGCCAUAUUAUUGAAUACGUAUUGGCAGAACCCAAAUUUCAUCAAUUUUUCAUAAAAGUAGCCAUAAAGUGCAAAAUACUUAAUAAUUAGUAAGGCUUCUGGUAAAAUUAUGAGGGCUGGUCUGCACAUUGAUAAUCUUUAGUAAUAGCAGUCAUGUUACUGUGAUGUCAAAAGAACCACGACGAAGAUCACGACGACGACGUCUGUUGACUGGGAAAAGACUAGAACGAGAACGUCACUUUCGGCGGGAAAAAGGAAACUUAAGAUGCAUUCGGUCGGUAGGUCGACGACGACGACACUGAAUGUAAACACAAAUGUAAAACUGUGAUGUUCGUUCGCAGCAAAGUUUUUCGCAAUGGCGUCUUUUAAAACAAUGCAAGAUCUUAUUUUUUAAGCCGUACGUCUAAUUUCAAUGACGAUGAAGAAUUUUUUGUGUUGUUUGACCUUUUCGAGUGGAAAAAGCACCUGCUUUCCGUACGAACAUCAUUCAACUUUCAACCUGAAUGAGAUGACCGAGUGCGAGUGUCUGUCAGAGUUUAAAUUUGGAAGAAGAGACAUUCUGAUAUGAUAGCUGUUCCUCUAUAUUAAAGAUAAAUGAUUUGCCUUACCUAGAUACGUACAAAUAAAUUUAUCACUCACGAGUUCGCUCGCUCGGCCUCCACAGCUGUUGUCAUUUUUCGAAGUAAAAACCAUUCAUUAGUCGAAUUUUUAAUCAACAUCGCUUGUUAGGAGAAAAAAGGAACGAUACCUGAAUUUACGAGGAUAUGAAAAUGAUAAGGACUUCAAAAAUCGCUUAAAAACAGUGGAUUUAUAUCUGCCGAAGCUUGUGGAUUGCAGGACGACGUGAUUUUACUUUGUUUGGCGUCGUCGACGACACCACGACGACGAAAUUUACUGGUCGCGCUUGAGCAGUACACUGUAACUUACUUCCGGUCGUCGUCGACAACGUCGUCGUCGUGGUUCUUAAGUUCCCUAUUUAAGGUGGCUCGACUGGAUUUUUCAGAGACUAUACCUCCUCACUCUGAGCGUUUACCACGUCGGCAUUAACAAAGAUAACCCCAAAAAGUUGCACUGCAUAAAGAUGAAAAUUUGUUAUGAUCCAUGUUUUAUUGACAUCAGAGUUACCAUUGCAACAUAAUGACGCCAUUACGUUUUUUACUUGCCUUUGUAUUUCUCGGUACUAGGAUUUUUUUUUUUUUCAGAAAUCGCUUAAGGGAGCUUGUACCUCACAUAGUUGCCUCGGUUGUGGCAAAGUUUUAGCCUGCGAAAACAUCCGUUUCUCCACGCUCUUCGCCGCUGUGGACGUUUCGCACGGGCGAACGUCUACGACUCAGCGACAGAAAUUCCAUACUGAUGACGUAAGACAUGUCCGGAAAUCCGGUCAGAAGCCCUGAUUGGUCAAAUGUAAACGCGAUGAAGUUAACAAAACAAUCAUUGUCUUUUAACAUUUAUUGCUCGUUAAGAACACAACACUUUACCAAAAUGGCAGAAACGUAAAACAUGACCACCGGAUUUAUUAAAAAGACAAAUUUUUGGCCACGAAAAGGUCAUGUUUUCGAAGGCUAGCAAAGUUUGAACAAAACGCGAUGAAUAAACAUCUCAACAAAACAAUCAAUAUUUAGUGGAAAAUAGUCUUCUCUAGAACAGGCAUUUGAUUUUUUGCUGGAGCUCGAUUAUUUCGCAGAUGAACACAACAGUGUUACCAAAAUCGACCAGGAGAAACUGUGAAAAUUGAAUAAAUUUGCGUUUUUGUUUUUUUGUUGUUUUUUUUUUGGAACCCCAUAAAUAGUUGACCACCGGAUUUAUUUUAAGCUAGAAAUAAAUCCUUUUUAUAGAAAAAUGCACCUGGUUGCCUGGUUGCCACGUUUUGCGAUAUUAAUAUGUUCUCAGAAAAGUUUUCAGUUUACGGCCGGGUUUGGAAUUUUGUUUUGGAUGGGUUUAAGACCUAAUUACGUUCCUGAAGGCAUAAAAUGCCUGAGAGAAAUUUCCUGGAGGAGGCGCGAAACGUCCCCACGGCAGCCAGUCAGUUAACCAAGUCGUAAAUCAAUUCGUGUUUUAACGCCUACUUGUAAUCUACAUCUUAAAAGUAGAAUUAAAUUUCGACCCGCACGCCAUAGAACCUCCAGUAGCUCAGUGGUUAGCGCCUCCGAACAAGACCUCGGAGGGCAGACUGGGAGUCGAAAAAUUUUCUUAAUUUGUCUUUUCCUUCCAAGAUUUAACCUGAAUGUUUGCAAAGCUACGAAAACCCCUUCAUCUAAAUACGCUUUUGUUUCUAAACAAAAUAACGUUUUUACUUCUCCGAAGGAACCGCAACACGAAUCUGCACUAACAAAGGAAUGUGGUUGAACGCAAACUUUACAGGUUGCAGCUCUGAUACAUUUAUCAAGUUGGCUGAUGCA